UCACACGAUCGCACUUUGUAUAAUAUUCCGGGAACUCCCCCAUUUUCUUAUACCAUGAAUCAGAAGCACAUAGUAGGCUAUCAGCUAUCAUCUAUUUUGUGUUGUAUAUAUGUGAUAAGCUAUAAUAAUUAAAUUCAUUUAAAACCUUUGCAUUUUGAACUAAAUCAAAGUUUAUUUCCACAAUUCAAAACCAUAAAAAUGUCUUCUGCAAAACCCAAAGUUAUCUUCGUCCUUGGCCCGCCCGGUGCUGGCAAGGGUACAAUUUGCCAGCGGUUGGUUAAUAAAUUUGAAUUUGGUCAUUACUCUGCUGGUGAUUUGUUGCGCGAUGAAAGUAUGCUUCCCGAUUCCAAAAUGGGACCACUUAUCAAAGAGUACAUGAAAGAUGGAAAGAUUGUUCCUGUUGAAAUUUCAUGUUCACUUAUUGAAAAUGCUAUGAAAACUUCUGGCAAAAGCAAAUUUCUCAUCGAUGGAUUUCCACGGAAUCAAGACAACGUAGAUGGUUGGAAUAGAACAAUGGCUGAUAAGGUUGACUUUCAAUUUGUAUUGUUUUUUGAUUGCUCUGAAGAAUUGUGUAUUCAACGUUGUUUAAAGCGUGGUGAAUCAAGUGGACGUUCCGAUGAUAAUAUGGAAACAUUAAAGAAACGUAUUGCAUCUCAUAUAAAUGAUUCUUUACCAAUAAUUGAGAUUUAUAAAAAAAUGGGAAAAGUUAUUACGAUCGACGCUAGUACACAUUUGGAAGUAAUGUACAAAGAGGUAGAAGAUGUUGUUAAGAACUUGUAGAUGUGACGUGGGCAAGUGAAGGUGAUUUAUUUAUGUAUUCCAAAGUAGAGAGACGUAUUUAUGUACAUAAUAAUAAGUAUUAAUUUGUUUCUGUUAAGUUGUCAAGGUGUAUCAGU